AUGUCAUCCAUCACUUUGACAAAAGAGUCACAUAAGAAUCCAUCCAAGUUUAGAAUCAAGUAUUCAGAUGGUCUUGCAGUCUUGGGUCCCGAACACACUGCACAAAAGAAUAUCAAGGAUGAUUUACCUACGAUUCAUACAUCUUCCAAAGUUGCCAUCAUUGGUGCCGGGUUUGGCGGUAUUGGAGCAGCCAUCAAGACGAUGGAGGACUUGAAAGUACAAGACGUGACUAUCUUUGAAAGACAUGACAAUUUUGGGGGAACCUGGUAUGCCAACACUUAUCCAGGUUGUGCUUCUGAUAUCCCGGCACUUUGGUACUCCUUCUCAUUUAUGUUAAAUACCAAUUGGAGCAGAGCUCAACCGCCACAAUACGAAAUGGAAGAGUAUAUAUUGCGUACCACUGAUCACUAUAAAUUGAAAGAGAAAGCUCGUUUCCAAACUUCAGUUGAUAAGUGUGUAUAUGAUGAAAACACUGCUACAUGGACCUUGUUUGGACAUGAUGUCAAGACGGGUCAGAAGAUUGAACACACUGCUAAUAUUGUCUUGUCAUGCGGUGGUAUUUUAGUGAAUCCGCAUCAAUUGAAUUCACCCGGUCUUGAAAAUUUUAAAGGUAAGUACAUACACUCAGCCGUUUGGGACCAUUCAAUUGAUUUCAAAGGCAAAAAUGUGUUGGUGGUGGGUAAUGGAUGUUCGGCAAAUCAAGUCGUUCCAGCUUUAUUAAACGACCCACAAUACAGUGUCAAGUCACUCACCCAAAUUGCCAGAUCAAAGCACUACAUUAUGCCUCCGGUUCCAAAGAUUUUGAUGAUCAUCAAUCGUUUACUUAGUUUUACGUUUUACGGAUUGAUGUUUGUUCGUUUGUUUGCCGUGUUAUUCCAAGAACUAAGGUUUCCAUUAUUCAAGAGAGACGGAUUCAUAUCGGAGGGCAUGCGUUCCGUCAAUCGAAAAAUAUCAGUGAACUAUAUUAAAAGGAAUGCCCCUGAAAAGUAUUGGGAUUUGUUGAUUCCUGAUUAUAAGAUUGGAUGCAAGCGUAUGAUUAUCGAUUAUCAGUACGUCCCGGCUUUGAAUGAUCCAAGAAUGUCCCUUACAAGUAGUGGUAUUCAAAAAAUUGUAGAUGAUGGGGUAAUCUUGGAGAAUGGUGAACAUGUCAAGGCUGAUAUCAUUGUUGCUUGUACUGGCUAUGACGUAUUACAGGCUUUGAAACUUCCAUUUGCCACCACCAGGGGUUACAGUAAUCAAGAAAUUUGGGAGAAAGAGGGUAUAAGUACCUAUCGUACAAUAUUGAUGAAGCAUAUGCCUAACUUGUUCUUCAUUGCGGGCCCCAAUUCCAUAACUGGUCAUUCUUCUGUUGUUAUGGCUAUUGAAAAUGCAGUUGAUUAUUACGUCAAGCUUGCUAAACCAGUAGUCCAAGGUAAAACAAAGGCUGUUGUGGUGAAACCAGAAGCCUACGACAAAUGGCAUAGAGACAUUCAAGAAGAACUGGGUAAAAGUGUUUUCGGAACCAAGUUCGGUGGGUGUGUGUCAUGGUAUAGUGAUGCAAAGGAAAAUGCUAUUACAUUUGCAUGGUCUCAAGUUUAUUACUGGUAUAUUACCCAUUUUCCAAACUACCAUGACAUUGUAUAUGAGCAUUUUGAUAAAAAGAGGGUCUAA